CGUGAAUGGAAAUUGGCAAAGAGAGACAGGAAAGGUCCAAUUUGCUUCUCUGCUAUUUUAGAGGAGGCUGAAAUUACGAGCCAAAGUGGAGUGAUGCGCUCGCUGGAGUGACCUCCGCUCUCCAAGGCAGAAGAAAGAAAACCUAGGUCCUCUGCUCUUGAAGUGGUUCGAGCUCUUGGGCGUGAGGCAUUAUUAUAUAAAUUCAAGCUUGCUUCUGAUCCUUAGUACCCUGAGUUGCCUGAAGGGGGGAAUGGCACUGCCUGCGUGUGCAGCCCGGGCGCUCGGGCCGCCACUGCAACCGGAGCACCGAGCGCCCGCCCGCACCACCUGUCCCCGCCGGCAUUCCAGAGUAGAGGCCGAAUUGGCAGCGAGCCAGCCCGGGUCAGUCGCAGCCUCAGUCCGCGCGGGCCCUCCUAGGGGUGUGUCUCACGGAUUCAACUCUCGGCCGCUGCGGGACGAGCCCAUCAAGGCAUCUUUCUCCCUGGCGGGAGCCUUGAGCGCCCCGCUCUUCGCGCUGCUGCCCCGAGGCUGCCGCAGGCGGAUGAACGACCUCAGGCGACGCUGGGACCUGGGCUCCCUCUGCCGGGCCCUGCUCACUCGGGGCCUGGCCGCCCUGGGCCACUCGCUGAAGCACGUGCUCAGUGCAAUCUUCUCCAAGAUUUUCGGCCCCCUGGCCAGCGUCGGGAACAUGGAUGAGAAAUCCAACAAGCUGCUGCUGGCUUUGGUGAUGUUCUUCCUAUUUGCCGUGAUCGUGCUCCAAUACGUGUGCCCCGGGACAGAAUGCCAGCUCCUCCGCCUGCAGGCGUUCAGCUCACCGGUGCCGGACCCGUACCGCUCGGAGGACGAGAGCUCCGCAAGGUUCGUGCCCCGCUACAAUUUCAGCCGUGGCGACCUCUUGCGCAAGGUAGACUUCGACAUCAAGGGCGAUGACCUGAUCGUGUUCCUGCACAUCCAGAAGACCGGUGGCACCACUUUCGGUCGCCACCUGGUGCGCAACAUCCAGCUGGAGCAGCCUUGCGAGUGCCGCGUGGGUCAGAAGAAAUGCACUUGCCACCGGCCGGGUAAGCGGGAGACCUGGCUCUUCUCCAGGUUCUCCACGGGCUGGAGCUGCGGGCUGCACGCCGACUGGACCGAGCUCACCAGCUGCGUGCCCGCGAUGGUGGACGGCAAGCGCGACGCCAGACUGAGACCUUCCAGGUGGAGGAUUUUUCAGAUUCUAGAUGCAGCAAGUAAGGAUAGACGGGGUUCUCCAAACACUAACCCAGGUGCCAACUCUCCAUCCACAAAGGCCCGGAACACAUCUAAAAGUGGGAAGAACUUCCACUACAUCACCAUCCUCCGAGACCCCGUGUCCCGGUACUUGAGUGAGUGGAGGCAUGUCCAGAGAGGGGCGACGUGGAAAGCAUCCCUGCAUGUCUGUGAUGGAAGGCCCCCAACCUCAGAGGAGCUGCCCAGCUGCUAUACUGGAGAUGACUGGUCUGGCUGCCCCCUGAAAGAGUUCAUGGACUGCCCCUACAAUCUGGCCAACAACCGCCAGGUGCGCAUGCUCUCUGACCUCACCCUAGUAGGCUGCUACAACCUUUCUGUCAUGCCGGAAAAGCAGAGAAACAAGGUCCUUCUGGAAAGCGCCAAGUCAAACCUGAAGCACAUGGCUUUCUUCGGCCUCACUGAGUUUCAGCGGAAGACCCAGUAUCUGUUUGAGAAGACCUUCAACAUGAACUUUAUCUCGCCGUUUACCCAAUACAAUACCACUAGAGCCUCUAGUGUAGAGAUCAAUGAGGAUAUCCAAAAGCGUAUUGAGGGGCUGAAUUUUCUGGAUAUGGAGUUGUACAGCUAUGCAAAAGACCUCUUUCUGCAAAGGUAUCAGUUUAUGAGGCAGAAAGAGCAUCAGGAGGCCAGGAGGAAGCGCCAGGAGCAACGCAAAUUUCUGAAGGGAAGGUUCCUUCAGACCCAUUUCCAGAGCCAGAGCCAGAGCCAGAAUCCUGGUCAGAAUCAGAGUCAGAACCCAAAUCCCAAUGCGAAUCAGAAUGUGACUCAGAAUCUGAUUCAAAAUCUGACUCAGAACUCGAGUCAGAGUUUGAGUCAGAAGGAGAACCGGUCAAACCGGAAACAGAACGCAGGCCAGGAGCAGAAUGAUAGCAACAGCAGCAGUGGCGCCAGUGACUACAUAGGCAGCGUAGAGAAAUGGCGUUAAGUGGCUCUCAGAGGCGCAUGCUUACUUCUCCCUAAGCGCCGCCCAAACAUGGCAUAUUUUAAAAGAUAAAAAUGUCCUAACACAUCCUGCUUCCUUAAUUUUGGAAGUUAAAAAAAGUUUAGAUGUUGCCUUUACAGUUGCCUUUCAAUGAAAUGUUAUACUGUGCGUGGGUGAAACAAAUCUCCAUGUGUAAUUAAAUUGUCUCUUUUUUUGGUUGGACUAUUUAUGAAAUCCAAAAGCCAAACCAGACUCAAAUAGCUAAAAUUGCUGUUUAGUUAUUUUAAGAAGUUCUUAAAUUAGGAAUGGAGACAAAAUGAAAACAUAAAAUGUGACCAUUUAGCUUAUGGAUAAGAGGUGGACUUUAAAGGAUGUGCAAUACACUGUUAAAAAACCAAUCUUAGAAGCAAACUUUUUUCCCCUGGCUAAACAUAGCAUAAACAUCACAUGAAACACAAAACCUUUUAUUUUCUUCUGAUUUUCACAAGGGAUCUACUUAAACACCUUAACAAUUGAUGAUACAUUUGCCCAACUGUAGACAGUAAAGAAUUCCUCUCUUAAACAUGGGUGGUUUUAUGUAAAAAUAUUUGCCUUUGAAGUAGAACAGGGCUCAUAUCUUAUAAUUUAAGAGAUCUUUAAAAUUUUAAACUUUUUCUACCUGAUACUAUUGAAAGGUUUUAAACAGGGUCUAACUCAUACUAAACAAAGCAUAUUUUUUCCAAAUGAACUAAAUACCAGUGUGAAGAUCUAAUUUUCAGAUGCUUUCAGGGCACUGUAAUUUCAACAAUUCUGGAAUCUUUUUGGCGCUGCUUCUCAUUCACUUUAAGGCUUCUCCGAGUUGUGCUCAUUCCAAAUGAACCCAUGUAUAGAAUCUUCAUCAUCUAAAUGGUGUGUUGCUGAAUUGAUUGUGAUGUAUAAUCCUGGAUUCAAGUCAGGACUUUCUUUCUAUAGAAUUGUCUUAUCAAUGUUUGUGUAGUGAGGUCCCUAUGAAGAAACUCAUGAACAGGAUAAUGUGUCCACAAAUAUUGCUGAAGUGAUUCUUGGUCAGGUAGAAUCAAACCUGAAUGUGAACUGUUACUUACUUUUUGUACAACUUUAUUGUAAUGUUUCCAGUUUGGCUAGCUAUUUCUGGCCCAUUGGUUCUUUUUUUGUGUGUGCUGACAAAUUUGUAGACAACUACAAGAACAAAACAUUGGUAGAACAAGUACUAGGGUGGCCAGAGUUCUUCAGUAACACUAAAAGCUUUCUUGAAACUUUGACACUUUGGGUUAAUCAUUCUACAAGGUUUUUAUUUAUGAAAUAAUAAAAAGAAGAGUUUACUGCAGUGAAGUAGCAGAAACAUACACUUUAAGGAAAGAAAUUUGGUAGUGUAAGUCUAUGGAAAAGUACUUUUAUGCUAUCAAUUAUGAAUUGAGUAUAGCCACAGAAGUAUGAGCUCGGUAGGCUGCCAAACAUCAUGAUUCUGGGUAGUUCCCAUGUUAUAUGGAUUUUGCUACAUUUUCAAAAGAACUUACACCCCCCCAAUCAACCAAAGUGACCAGAAAUGGCAUUUAUGUUUUGAGAAGUGACAUGCUUAAAACUGUGACCAUAAAGUCGUAUCUUGUACAAUCUGCCAACAUGCAUGAUCUAGUUCAUCAGUAAUAAUAUGGCCACAAGCUGAAUAAGGAGCUGAGCAUUUGGGUUUAAGAUGGAUUUUUUCAACUCUGAGCCUGUAUCAGUAUGUCUGGCUUUUGUUUUAUCUGAUAAUAUUGCAAUUCUGGGAAUUCUGAGACCUAAAAAACUGGAAGAAAAUAAACACACACACACACACACACACACACACCUUGAAGUCAAAGUGUUUUAGAGUGAAACUAUUUAGUGUACAUUGUGUUUUUAAAAUAUUCUGUAGAUCACUAUGGUAUUUCAUUUUGUUAUUAUUAAUUGAAAAUGUUUCCUCUUAAAACUGACAAAUAGGAUGAGGCCUGAGCCAAUGGAAAAACUUUGUUACAGAAAAAAAUCUGUGUUAUUACUGUGGUGUGCAUGGUUUGCAGAGAUUAAGUGCUUUUUCUCUGUCUAUACUGACUAUUGUACAUAGGGGGUGUUAUAAAUAUACAUUUUUGUCAUAAUGCAAAUCCCAUAAUUUCACUGUAAACAUCUGCCAAUGGUGUAGCUUUACAGAUCAUCCACUGAUUUUGUGUAAUUUAACAAUAAAUAUGAAAUAAAGUUUAAA